AGGCAACCUCGUGGGAGGACCUUUCCUUUUCCUCCUCCCCUUUCCUUUUCCCACUUUUUCUUCGGGACGGGAGAACACAAGCCCCGAAUACCGUAACCCCCCGUGACGGUUUCCUGCCCUUAUUUCCCCCACUCGCCGCAGUCCCUAUCUAUAAGAGAGAGAACCCCAGUGUCAGUCCCCUGACCCAAGCUACAGAAAAAGAAAUAGAGAGAGAGGCCGCAAUGGGUUCCGAGGGAUCGCGGGUUGUCGUUCCUAGGAACUUUAGAUUGCUGGAAGAGCUUGAGAGAGGGGAGAAAGGUAUUGGUGAUGGAACCGUGAGCUAUGGAAUGGACGAUCCUGAUGAUAUCUAUAUGCGUUCCUGGACUGGGACAAUUAUUGGUCCACACAAUACUGUUCACGAGGGACGGAUAUAUCAGUUGAAGCUAUUCUGUGACAAAGACUAUCCAGAUAAUCCACCAACUGUGCGAUUCCAGACUCGUAUAAACAUGACAUGUGUAAAUCAGGAAACUGGAGUGGUUGAGCCAAGUCUUUUUCCGAUGCUUGCACACUGGCAAAGGGAGUACGCCAUGGAGGACAUACUAGUCAAUUUGAAGAAAGAAAUGUCAGCUCCUCGGAACCGGAAGCUUUACCAGCCUCCAGAAGGCAACGAUGACCAGAGGAUGGAGCAAAAGGGUUUGAUUCUCAGGUGCUCUAUCCUUUAAGUGAAAGAGAUGAAUGCAGUGAUGUAAAUAUCAUCUGGUUAAGAUUGGUGGCGUCACUAAGAGGCACCCUGAAUUGCAAGCCAAUGCCCAACCUGUGAAGUUGGAGCUGUAAUCUUGUUUCUAUAACUAGUAAGCUACAUGCACUCAGCUGUUAUUAGCAAUGAUGCUUGUGUAUAUUGUACUUUUGAGUGCACAAGGCAUUCGAGCUUUAAAUUAGCCGUUAACGUAUUCUCAAGUCUUCUUGACUUCAACCUUCAUGAAAGAAUAGCGCAGUGAAGGUGCAAUAAAAAACAGUGCUAAGAGACCUAUUUAUUAUGUUUUCUCCUUUUUCUUUCUUUUCUUUUAAAUAAAUGUCUGCCUCGAGUGAUCAAUUAUACUGUUAUUGAGAGAGAGAGAGAGAGAUUCAACGACUUGUUGAUUAAGCUCUAACAGUUUACAUCCUUAAAUCAAAUUUACCCGCUUUAGUUCA